AUGCUGCUGCUGCUGCUGCUGCUCGGGCUCUGCAGCGGCACAAGUUUCCCGAGUAACAUCCACAUAGGAGGCCUCUUCCCCACCGGCUCCCAUGAGUACGAGGUGUUCCGCUUCGCUCUGGCUCAGCAGCAGGACGUCCCCAAACUGGUCCCACAGGUGGACAUGGUGGACACUGGGAGCAGCUUCGCCAUGACCUACGCCUUCUGCUCCCAGUUCUCUAAAGGCGUGUACGCCAUCAUGGGUCUGUACGACCGGCGGACCGUCAACAUGUUGAUGUCGUUCUGCGGUUCUCUUCACGUCUGCUUCGUCACCUCGUCCUUCCCGGUUCAGACCAACAACCAGUUCGUCCUUCAGCUUCGUCCUCAGCUCCAGGAGCCCGUCAUGGCUCUGCUGGAGCACUUCUACUGGACCCGCUUCGUCUACAUGUACAGCGCCGACUCAGGUCUGUCGGUGCUGCAGAGGAUCCUGGACACGGCGGCGGAGCGGACCUGGCAGGUGACCUCCGUUAACCUGGACACGCUGACGGAGGCCGCCUUCGUCAAGCUGCUGACCGACAUCGACUUCAAGAAGGACUUCCAGAUCGUCAUCGACUGUGAGCUGGAACGACUCAACUCCAUCCUCAACGUGAUUGCUGCUCAGAAGAGAAACUUGAAGAACUACCACUACAUCCUGGCCAGUCUGGGCUUCAUGGACCUGAACAUGACGGAGUUUCAGAAGCUGGGUCCCAACGUGACGGGCCUCCAGCUGGUGAACUGGUCUGAUCCCGCUGUGGAGAAGAUGGACCAGGACUGGCUGGACUUCGACAGCAAAGACCUCAAACUGGCCCGCAGGAGGCUCCGGUUCACCGGAGCUCUGACCUACGACGGCGUCAGCGUCAUGGCGACGGCCUUCCAGAACCUGCGGCGGCAGCGCAUCGACAUCUCUCGCCGUGGAAACGCAGGUGAAUGUCUGGCGAACCCGCCGGCCCCCUGGGGACAAGGCAUCGACAUCCAGAGGGCUCUGCAGCAGGUGCGUCUGGACGGGCUGACGGGUCGAGUCCAGUUUGACGAGCGAGGACAUCGGACCAACUACACCCUGAGUGUGAUGGAGCUCAGCCACACCGGGUCCAGGAAGAUCGGCUACUGGAACGAGAGGCGGGGCUACGUGAACACGGCCGUCUACAAGCCGCCGCUGGAGGAGUUCCACGGGCUGCAGAACCGGACCUACGUGGUCACCACCAUACUGGAAGCCCCCUACAUGAUGCUGAAGAAGAACCACGAGCAGUUCGAAGGGAACGAGCGCUACGAGGGCUACUGCGCCGAGCUGGCGGCCGAGAUCGCCAAACACGUGGGCUUCGUGUACCGACUGGAGCUGGUGGGGGACGGGAAGUACGGAGCCAGAGACGCAGAAACCACCAUGUGGAACGGCAUGGUGGGAGAACUGGUGUACGGGAAGGCUGACGUGGCCGUGGCGCCGCUCACCAUCACCCUGGUGAGGGAGCAGGUGAUCGACUUCACCAAACCCUUCAUGUCUCUGGGGAUCUCCAUCAUGAUCAAGAAACCCACCAAGUCCAAACCCGGAGUGUUCUCCUUCCUGGACCCGCUGGCCUACGAGAUCUGGAUGUGCAUCGUGUUCGCCUACAUCGGAGUCAGCGUGGUGCUGUUCCUGGUGAGUCGGUUCAGUCCGUAUGAAUGGAAAGGGUUCUCUCAGACUCAGAACCAGCAGAAGGAGAAGGAGACUCCAGAACACUCCAACGACUUUGGGAUCUUUAACUCUCUGUGGUUCUCUCUGGGAGCGUUCAUGCAGCAGGGCUGUGACAUCUCACCCAGGUCUCUCUCAGGUCGUAUCGUGGGAGGAGUCUGGUGGUUCUUCACCCUCAUCAUCAUCUCGUCCUACACAGCCAACCUGGCGGCCUUCCUCACCGUGGAGAGGAUGGUGUCCCCCAUAGAGGGCUCCGAGGACCUGGCCAAGCAGACGGAGAUCGCCUACGGUACUCUGGACGGAGGCUCCACCAAAGAGUUCUUCAGGAGGUCAAAGAUCGCCGUCUUUGAGAAGAUGUGGUCGUACAUGCGGAGCGCCGACCCCACGGUGUUCGUCAAGAACACCAACGAGGGCGUGAUCAGGGUGAGGAAGUCUAAAGGGAAGUACGCCUACCUGCUGGAGUCCUCCAUGAACGAGUACAUCGAGCAGAGGAAGCCCUGCGACACCAUGAAGGUGGGAGGAAACCUGGACUCCAAAGGGUACGGAGUGGCCACGCCCAAAGGAUCCGCCCUCAGAAACCCCGUUAACUUGGCAGUGUUAAAACUGAACGAGCAGGGCCUGUUGGACAAAUUGAAAAACAGAUGGUGGUAUGACAAGGGAGAGUGCGGCAGGGGAGGGGACUCCAAGGACAAGACGAGCGCGCUCAGUCUGAGCAACGUGGCCGGCGUGUUCUACAUCCUGAUUGGAGGACUGGGACUCGCCAUGCUGGUGGCUCUGGUCGAGUUCUGCUACAAGUCCCGGAUCGAGUCCAGAAGGAUGAAGGUGGGUUCUGGUUUGGAACAGAGUCCCGCCCCUCGAACACAGACUGUCCAAUCACAGCGAGGAGGAGGAGCGUCAUCGGGGCUCCGAGGAGAAAACGGACGAGUGGUGACGCAUGAUUUCCCAAAAUCCGGAGCUCAAGGUUUACCGUGCAUGAGCAAAGCUGCCAGCAUGGGACUCUCCUCCACAGGCAUGUGA